GUGUGAGUGUGAGUUUGUGUGUGUGUGUGUGUGUGUGUGUGUGUGUGUGUGUGUGUGUCGGGAGGACCCAGCGGAACUCCACAGACUGGAAGCGGAAGCAACCGAGCGCUAGGACCCGGAGGGUGUCUGACGGUCCCGUGGCCCUUUAGGCCGCUGUUGAAGCCUGGAUUGGGAGUUGACGGAAGGGGAGUGCUUUUAAUCACAGACGCGGGAUGGAUUUGUUUGAAGAUCUGCCGGAGCCUGGAGGAGAUGCUCAGAAAUCAAAGCCAUCACUUUUCAAUAACCUGACAGACACAAGGAACCCAGACGUAGGUGCUGUCUGAUCUCCUAAGUUCCUCCAGCAUGUGUGUGUUGCCCAGGAUUUCCAGCAUCUACAGAGUCUCUUGUGUUUGGAACUUCCCAGUGGCCCAGCAUUUUAAUUCCGAUUCCUAUUCCUGUGCAGACGUGUUGCUCCAUGCUCACCUCUUGUGCCAAGAUGAGGCCACCCUCAGGGUGGAGGAGCAAGACCUUAUAUUCCAUCUGGGUAGCCUCCAGCCUAAUGCAGCUUCUGUUUCUGACCUGUUUGGAGAGCUUCCAGAAACCCAGAAUGACUUGAAGGCAGAGAAACGUAAGUGGUCAAACCAGAAUGGGUCCCAGGAACACGAGGAGAAGAAGCCCUGUAAAGGAUUUGUGACCUUAAAAGGUUAUGCUGCGGAGAGAAAAGGUGAGCGAGAAGAAAUGCAGGAUGCACAUGUUAUAAUCAACAAUUUCACAACAAGUUUUACACAGCUACCUUCAGAAGUAUCUCGAUUGUCAUACUUUGCUGUCUUCGAUGGCCAUGGUGGCAUACAAGCAUCCAAGUAUGCAGCGCAGAAUCUUCACCUUAAUCUCACCAGGAGUUUUCCCAAAGGAGAAGUGACUAAUAUGGAAAAGGCCAUCAAGAAGUGCCUUCUCAUGACCUUCAAGCAGACAGAUGAAGGCUUUCUGAAGCAAGCAUCAAGCCAAAAACCUGCCUGGAAGGAUGGAUCCACUGCCACAUGUGUUCUACUGGUGAACAAAGACUUGUACAUUGCAAACCUUGGUGACAGCAGGGCUAUUCUGUGUCGAUUCAAUGAGACAAGCAGGAAACUGACACCCAUGCCACUGAUGAAGGAACAUAAUCCUACCCAAUACGAUGAAAGAAUGAGAAUUCAGAAAGCAGGAGGGAUAGUCAGGGAUGGUCGCGUGAUGGGUAUGCUGGAGGUGUCGCGCUCUAUUGGAGAUGGGCAGUACAAGCACUGUGGUGUUACCUCAGUACCAGAUGUCAGACGCUGUCCAUUAACGUUUAACGACAGGUUUAUUCUUCUGGCUUGCGAUGGAUUAUUCAAAGCCUUCUCCCCAGAAGAAGCCAUCCUCUUUGUUGCAGCAAUACUUGAGGAUGAGACCCUGACAGCAAGGACUGGGAAAACUUCACAGGAUGUGCGAUUUGAAACCGCCUGUAACAGAUUAGCAAAUGAGGCCGUGCGCCGGGGAUCUGCUGACAACGUGACCGUCAUUUUGGUAGCUAUCAGCCUCUAGCUGCCGAAGAACUGUCUUCACUAUGAGCAACCUGCAAGUUACUGGGGGUGACCAGGAGGGAUUGUGGAUCCCAGAAAAAGACUAAACAAACUCAGGCCACUUAUGGAACUUGAUAAUAAAAUGCAUAUCUUUAUUUACCCACUUAAUCUCAUCUCGCCAUUGACCAACGCUCCUACAUUUAAACCUCCAUGCACCUGACUAGUGGCAUGUCUUUUGACAAAAAGCUGUGCUUAGUGACAUGGGCUGACUCUUAAGAGUUUUUCCUCAAUGAAAUAAAUGCACAGAAAUAUCAAGCUGUUCCUGGAGCUCCUAUAGCUAUAGUGACACCUGUAAAAAUUGGUUUCCCUGAAUUUAUCUGGCCAGAGAUUGAUUCAAGAAAUUAACACACACAGCUACACCAGGAAAGAAAUUUUAAUACUGUCCUCCCAGACCAGAUUGCAAUAUUUGAGAGUUAAAUUUUGUUAUUUUUCAUGCUGUUGUUACUGUUGCCUUGUUUGUUCGUGUUGUGCUGGUAUUGAGGAUUGUAUGUAUUCAUUAGAUUCUGGAUAAAGUCAAUUCCUUUGCAAAUAUCUCUAAUUUUUGCUCAUCUGCUUUCUGCUUUUCAGAGAGGCAGAUGUGAGGAAGUUUGUCAGACCUGAUUUUCAUUGAAUUAAAAUGAGCACUGAAUUAAUUGGAGACAGGCAAAUAUCACUCUCAGAAGGGUUACAUAAUCCACCAUUUUGCCAAAAUCAAGUAGCCCAAUAAGCUGCAGCUUCCUUCUACUCGAAGGGUCAACUGUUCAUCCUGAUUUACAGAAGAGCCAUGUGAUUGUGAUUAGCUGCACAGUCUCAACAACAAGUGAUGAUUUAACAUAAGUGUAUAAGAUUUAUGGACAAUUAGUUACUGAGGCUCUGCACUGGUCUCUUAACUCUUGACUUAGUAUAAUAAUAAGAACCUGAUCGUGUAACACCAUCAGGAAGAGUCAAGGACAUGUCUGCUCCAACCAUGGUUUUGAAUCCUGAAGCACAUCCA